GGAGUGGCAAGCCCCGCCUCAGCCCCUCUGGCAGGCUCCUGCCAGCGUCGCUGCAGCUCUGGCAGCGGAGCUGGAGCGUGGAGCCCGGAAGGAUGCGGCGCCCGCGGCGGCCUGGGGGUCCUGGGGGAUCUGGGGGUCUCCGGGUGCUCCUCUGCCUGCUGCUGCUGGGCAGCCGCCUGGGAGGCUGCAACGCCAUUAGUGCCCACGGCUGUCUGUUUGACCGCAGACUCUGCUCUCACCUUGAAGUCUGUAUUCAGGAUGGCUUGUUUGGACAGUGCCAGGUGGGAGUGGGGCAAGCCCGGCCCCUUUUGCAAGUCACUUCCCCAGUUCUUCAACGCUUACAAGGUGUGCUUCGACAGCUCAUGUCACAAGGAUUGUCCUGGCACGAUGACCUCACCCAGUAUGUGAUCUCCCAGGAGAUGGAGCGCAUACCCAGGCUUCGCCCCCCAGAACCCCCAGCAAGGGACAGAUCUGGCUUGGUGCCCAGGAGACCUGGUCCCGCUGGGGAGCUGCUUUUACAGGGCAUCCCCACUGGCUCCGCCCCUGCUCCCCAGCAUCGGCUUCCUCGACCUCCAGUAGGUGGGAGCGGAGCUGGGGCCAGCUCCCCCCUGUCCCCUCUGCAAGCUGAGCUGCUGCCCCCUCUCUUGGAACAUCUGCUGCUGCCCCCACAGCCCCCCCACCCCGCCCUGAGUUAUGAACCUGCCCUGCUGCAGCCCUACCUGUUCCAUCAGUUUGGCUCCCGAGAUGGCUCCCGGGGCUCAGAGAGCUCACCAGGGAUGGUCAGUGUCGGCCCCCUGCCCAAGGCUGAACCCCCUGCGCUCUUCAGCAGAACUGCCUCCAAGGGCAUGUUUGGGGCUCACCCUGGCCACUCCUAUGGGGACCCUCCAGGGCCUCCACCUGCUCAGCUUUUCCAGGAGUCAGGGCUGCUCUAUCUGGCCCAGGAGCUGCAAGUGCCCAGCAGGGCCCAGGCACCAAGGCUGCCAGAGCAAGGGGGCAGCAGCCGGGCAGAGGACUUGUCAGAGGGCUACGACAAGGAAGGACGAGAGGGUCGCAGGGAGAAGCCUCCUUCCCCAGCAGAGCAGCCAGACGCAACUCUGCAGAGACUGGCAGCAGUGCUGGCGGGCUACGGGGUGGAGCUGCGUCAGCUGACGCCUGAGCAGCUCUCCACCCUCUCGACCCUGCUGCAGCUGCUGCCCAAGGGCUCAGGACGAAAUCCGGGAGGGGUUGUAAACAUCGGAGCUGACGUCAAGAAAACAAUGGAGGAGCAGGUGCAGAGCAUAGACACAGCCGAGCCUCCACCUGUCACACCCUCCCUGCCUGGAUCCCCCACUGCUGGUCCCACCUCCAAUAAAGCCCAGCAGGACCUGAGCUCUGGAUCCUCUGAGCCUCCCACGGCCAGCCCCCCUGCCACACCCAUCCUGCUGGAGAAGAAAAGUUCACUGGGCCAGAGCCAGCCCACGGCAGCAGGGCAGCCCUCAGCUCGGCCAUCAUCAGAGGAAUAUGGCUACAUUGUUACCGACCAGAAGCCCCUGAGUCUGGCAGCAGGAGUGAAGCUGCUGGAGAUCCUGGCUGAGCACGUGCACAUGUCCUCAGGCAGCUUCAUCAACAUCAGUGUCGUGGGACCAGCCCUUACCUUCCGUAUCCGGCACAAUGAACAGAACCUGUCUUUGGCUGAUGUGACCCAGCAAGCUGGACUGGUGAAAUCUGAACUGGAAGCACAGACGGGGCUCCAGAUCUUGCAGACAGGAGUGGGACAGAGGGAGGAGGCGGCCGCCGUCCUUCCCCGACCGGUCCACAGCCCCUCUCCCAUGCGCUCCGUGCUGCUCACUCUGGUGGCCCUGGCGGGUGUGGCCGGGCUGCUCGUGGCCCUGGCAGUGGCUCUCUGUGUGCGGCAGCAUGCCCGGCAGCGGGACAAGGAGCGCCUGGCCGCCCUGGGACCUGAGGGCGCCCAUGGUGACACUACCUUCGAGUACCAGGACCUGUGCCGCCAGCACAUGGCCUCAAAGUCCCUGUUCAACCGGGCAGAGGGUCCACCGGAGCCUUCUCGGGUGAGCAGCGUGUCCUCGCAGUUCAGCGACGCGGCCCAGGCCAGCCCCAGCUCCCACAGCAGCACACCGUCCUGGUGCGAGGAGCCCGCCCAGGCCAACAUGGACAUCUCCACGGGACACAUGAUUCUGGCAUACAUGGAGGACCAUCUGCGGAACCGGGACCGCUUGGCCAAAGAGUGGCAGGCCCUGUGUGCCUACCAAGCGGAGCCCAACAGCUGUGCCACCGCCCAGGGGGAGGGCAACAUCAAAAAGAACCGCCACCCUGACUUCCUGCCCUAUGACCACGCUCGCAUCAAGCUGAAGGUGGAGAGCAGCCCUUCUCGGAGCGAUUACAUCAACGCCAGCCCCAUUAUUGAGCAUGACCCUCGGAUGCCAGCCUACAUAGCCACCCAGGGCCCGCUGUCGCACACCAUCGCAGACUUCUGGCAGAUGGUGUGGGAGAGUGGCUGCACCGUCAUUGUCAUGCUGACCCCGCUGGUGGAGGAUGGCGUCAAGCAGUGCGACCGCUACUGGCCAGAUGAAGGCUCUUCCCUCUACCAUGUGUAUGAGGUGAACCUAGUGUCGGAGCACAUCUGGUGCGAAGACUUCCUGGUGCGGAGCUUCUACCUGAAGAACGUGCAGACCCAGGAGACGCGCACGCUCACGCAGUUCCACUUCCUCAGCUGGCCGGCAGAGGGCACCCCGGCCUCCACCCGGCCCUUGCUGGACUUCCGCAGGAAGGUGAACAAGUGCUACCGGGGCCGCUCCUGCCCCAUCAUUGUGCACUGCAGUGACGGGGCGGGAAGGACUGGCACCUACAUCCUCAUCGACAUGGUAUUGAACCGCAUGGCAAAAGGAGUGAAGGAGAUUGACAUCGCGGCCACCCUGGAGCAUGUCCGUGACCAGCGGCCUGGCCUCGUCCGCUCUAAGGACCAGUUUGAGUUUGCCCUGACUGCGGUGGCGGAGGAGGUGAAUGCCAUCCUCAAGGCCCUGCCCCAGUGAGACCCCUGGGGCCCCUCGGUGGGCAGCCCAGAGUCUGCUCCCUCUCCGCCUGUGUGAGCCUCUUUCCAUGUACUCGCUCCUCGCGUCCCCGCCCGCCGCCUUGGCCCCUCUUGGGCAUGUCUGGCCCUUCCAAGAGGAGCAUGGAAGGAAGGGGAAGCGGGAAGGGGCGGAUCUGCCCUGCCUCUCACCUGCCAGAGCCCGGGUGUCCCAUGGGGGAGCUGGCAGCCGGCCUGGAGGAGAAGAAAAGUCCUAAGCAGCAAUUCCACCUAGAGCCUCCUCCUGCUUGAGUUCCCUGGCCCCCAUCUCCCACCACUCUGGAUGCUCCCAGUGUGUGGUGACGCCCCCCCCCCCCGCCCUCCAGUGUGGAUAGAAUGGGGUGAGGGCUGCCAUGCCCAGCUCUUCCUGCUUCCCCAGCCCUGCCGCCCCGCUGUCCCGCCUCCGAGCCCCACGCUCUGGCCCUGGCCCUUCCCACCCCCCUCCCCCUGCCCUCCGGCCACGUGCCACUCAACUCUCUCCCUCUGGUACAAGAGAACAUUUCUAGAAAAAUCUACUUUUGUAUCAAUGUGAAUAAAGUUAGUGUGUCGUCGUGCAGCUGCAA